AUGGAGCGCCAAGACGCGGUAGGAAGUAUCAACAAGUCAUCUACCGUGCUAUUUGAUGCGUCUAAAAAGGAGCAGUUUUAUCCUGCAAGCGGUCUCAAGAAAUUGGCGCGUAGGCUUAAGCCACUAUGCCGCGUGGACGUCAACAAGGAUGAUCUUUCCAGGGACCGAAUUAAGGAUGCUAACGUAUUAGUUUUCGCUGGUGUACGCGAACGCUUCAGCUCCACGGAAUUUGCGACACUCAAGGAUUUCUUGAGCAGCGGUGGAAGCAUUUUGCUAAUGCUGGGUGAAGGCGGCGAGCAGCAAUUUGACACGAAUCUCAAUGGCUGGCUUAAAGAUUUUGGCAUCUUUGUGAAUCCAGACGCUGUCAUUCGCACUGUUUAUCAUAAAUAUCAUCACCCUAAAGAAGUACUCGUUUCGAGAGGCGUCGUCAAUAGGGAACUGACGCGAAUGGCCAACGAACUUUUUAGCAGGAAAGAUGUGUUGAUGUCAGGACGGGAUCUAAAGGUGACAGGCUCGGAUGGGGCGCCCGAGAAGGACCAAAAGGGACUGUCAUUUGUCUACCCCUAUGGAGCGACUUUAAAUGUGAAAAAACCAGCAGCUACUUUACUGUCCUCGGGGUCUGUCUCAUAUCCUGUGAACAGACCGGUUGCCGCCGCGUGGCAGGAACGGGGUGUAGCUGCACCUGCAUCAAAAUCAGGACGGCUCAUUGUGUUUGGAUCUACGCAGUGUUUUGUGGACGAGUGGAUCGACAAAGAAGAAAACGCAAAGCUUCAAGAAAUUAUUUUUCGUUGGCUACUGAAAGACAAGACCAUUAAUUUAAAUCAUCAGGAUGCGGAGGAUCCAGAUCUGAAUGAGUAUGUCCGGUUGCCUGACACGCAAGCUCUCAGUGACAGACUGCGCUCUUGUAUGCAAGAAAGUGAAGAGCUUCCUAAAGAUUUUACGCGACUAUUUGACGACUCGCUUUUUAAGUUUGACACGUCACUCAUUCCUGAAGCCGUAAAUUUAUAUCAUGAUCUUGGCGUCAAACACGAGCCACUUACACUCAUUCCACCUCAGUUUGAGUGUCCACUGCCACCACUCAAGUCAGCAGUAUUUCCUCCUGCUCUACGUGAGCCGCCUCCACCAGCAUUAGACCAGUUUGAUCUCGAUGAACACUUUGCAAGUGAGACUCUGCGGCUUGCGCAGCUUACCAACAAGUGCUCGGAUGAAGACUUGGAAUACUACGUGCGUGAGAGUGCUGACAUCCUGGGCAUUAUGCCACGGCUUAAUCCAGAGCGCAGUGAUGCAAAGCACAUUCUUGAGUUUAUCACUCAAAAGAUUGUGAGCUUUAAGAAGUUAAAUCAAGAUACGGCUUCUGGUGUUGCCGACUUUAAGGGUCUGGGGACCAGUGCAAACGUCGAAAGUACGGGUAACCUACGAGUUUCCGCCUCGUAUGCUCUUCUUGCUGAAGGCAAAGAAUCAAAAGGGCUAGCUUUAGAUGACGACGAGGACACUAUCUCAUGA